CUUUUUUAUGUCGGGCAGUUCCAUUGCGGCGAUAGUGUGGUGCACAUGUUAGCGAGAUGGCGCCGAAGCUCGCCGAUGUUGCAGGUGAAUACCAGAAGAAUAAGGAGUUGCGCGAGGAAGACAUGAAGGCGCUACGCGAAUGGAUGGAGAAGCAACCCCAUCUACCCAAAAUUUCGGAUUUGCAGCUGAUCCUCUUCCUGCAGAGUUGCUACUUCAGCAUGGAGCAGACGAAGACCACCAUCGACACCUUCUACACCAUUAAAGCUCUUUGCCCCGAAUUCUUCGCGGGCAGAGAUCCCAACUCGGCCAAAUUCCAGGAGGACGUCAAAGUCGGAGCCUAUCUUCCCCUGCCAAAGUACACACCGGAGGGAUACAGGGUGAUUUUCUGCCGAAUCAUCGACAGUGACGUGAGCAAGUACAACUUCAACGAUCAAAUCCGAAGUUUUGAUAUGACCCUAAUGCUUUGGAUGGUGCAGGGCGGUACCUCCGAGGGUUUGGUCAUUAUCAUGGACAUGAACGGUAUGACUUUGGGACACAUGACCAAGAUAAACAUAAUGGGGAUGAAAAAGUUCUUCAUGUAUCUUCAGGAAGCCCUCCCUGUACGGCUGAAGGGUCUCCACUUCAUUAACGUCGUGCCCUUCAUCGAUAAACUAAUGGCGCUCAUGAAACCGUUCAUGAAGAAGGAGCUUAUCGACAUGCUCUACCUUCACACGGAAACGCUCGACUCGCUCUUCCCGCACGUUCCUCAAGAAAUCCUCCCGAGUGAUUACAACGGAAAGGCCGGCACCGUCUCGGAAUUAUACGAGAGAAGCAAGAAAAACAUGUCGGAGAGCGCGGAGUAUUUCCUUACGGACGAGAAAGAGAUCGCGGACGAGUCGAAGAGAGUCGGCAAGCCGAAGAACGCGAGCGACAUCUUCGGAGUGGAGGGGUCCUUUAAAAAAUUAGAUUUGGACUAGCUCGUAGUUUGCUUAACGUUUUGGAUUAGGUGGUAAUAAAGUGUACGUCACUAUUCUUA